AUGGCGCUCACCAAACUGGAAGAGAACUUCAGGAAUUCUGGCCACAACCACGCAAGACUGUCCAAGCUUGUACCCUACUCUGGCCUCAUACUCACUGUCACAUGCGUGGUCAUCUUCCUUGUCCGAGUCUACAUCCUAGAGCCGCUCGUCAAGCGCUUUACAACACAGUAUAAGCUUCUUGACCAAGCACAACGAAGAAGUUUUAUCAAUCAUUAUGUGGCCGCCAGCAUCAAACUCAUCCUGGUGGUCGUCGCCGUCUAUCCUGCAGUCAUGAUCAUCUCUGGGCACAAGAACCUGCAGUCCUCUUUUGGUAGCCAGAAAAUCACUUAUGGAGAUGUGCUUCUCUGUGUCUUCGAAGUCUUCACGUCAAUGUACAUUUUCGAGCUCUUCUACCGCGAGAAAGUCAGCUGUAUUAGCGCUGCUCAUCACAUCGGCGCUAUCAUCAUUACGCAGACUGCCACUGUGCUGUUUCACGAUCCGAAACACAGACAGGACGCUGGACUUGAGUUUGUCCUCUGCUUACUUUGGGGCAUCUUCGACAUUCUCGCCGAGUUCUGGCCACACGCUGCCGUCAUCAUCUACCGUACCUGGCCAAACCAGCACAUGAUGCUGGCAAACAUCUUUCUUGCGACUGCAAUCCUUGAGGUCAUCGGGACUGUAGUUGAGACCGUCACCGUCUUUUCCAUUUUCUUCUCGCUGUGGAAAGAGUGGACUAUCGAGUUCAAGGUGCUGAGUCCGACUUUGCAUUUGCUGUUCAGUUGUGCGCAGCUGUGGGGUGCAAGAGUAUUCUGGCUUAUGUCGCAGCAGCACCGUAGAGCUGCUGAUGGUAGCAUCGUGGAGGAAGUUGCUUCGAAUGAUGCAGCACCUGCUUAUCAACAAAGGAUAGUUAUCGGCAAGGAAGAGUCAUGCAAAGAUUACAAGAACGGCGAGCAGAUG